AAUCUAAUCACAAUCUAACAUAGAUUUUAACAUCUUUCACUUCUUCAUUAGAUAUGCUGCUGGUAAUAAAAUUAGUUGUAUUGGUGGUAAGGGGCAGAUGUUGAACUGCAGUUUCCGUUGAGACACUGUGACUCCACCACAACUGAAGCAACAGGUCACUGUCUGUGCUGCUGUUAAGUCUCAUGAAAAACUAUUGAAGCUCACUUCAGAUGACUCUCAGAAUGUUUGCUGCAGAUCUUCUUGUAUUCAGCUCUAUUAUAUCAGCUGCUUGGUGUCAGUCAGCCCUGAAAGUAUCGAUCCCCAAAUCCCUCAACACCACCAGUGGCUCUUGCCUUCUGAUUCCUUGUCUAUUCAACAUUUCAAAGGAGAGAGAAAACAUUCUUGAAAGUUCACCAGAAGUAACAUGGAGACGAGGAUCUCUGUGGUCACUCUACGACACAGAUGGUUUCACCAUCGAUCAACGUCAGAAGGAGCCUGUGAUGGAAGUGGUGGGUGACCUACGAAAUAAAAACUGCACUUCUGUCAUGAGGAACCUCACCAGCCUGCAUUCAGAUCGUUACUUCUUCAGGAUUCAAGCUAAGAACUUCCAAGUGACUGAAACAAAAGCUGUGCAAAUAAGUGUGUCAGAUUCCUUGGCUGAGCCGGAUGUGACUGUGCCGGUGCUCAGGGAGGGUGAGGAGGUGAAUCUGACCUGCACUGUUCCCGCUCCCUGCCCCAGUCACCCUCCAAAUGUAAUCUGGGAUCCUGCAUUAGGUGGGAACGUAACACAGAGGACACAGAUGAAUGCUGAUGGGACUCAGAGUGUUUCUGCCAUCUUGAAUUUCAUCCCAUUGUUACACCAUCAUGAGCUGAAAGUGAACUGUGUUUCUAUUCAAAAUCUACACAGAGAGGACAGACCCCUGCUCAGCCACAAGAUGGUCAUCCUCAGUGUGGAGUAUCCUCCGAAGGACACAUGGAUCUCUCUCACAGACUUGGUCUGGCUUGGUGAUAAUGUGACCCUCACCUGUCAAAGUAAAGCCAACCCUCCUGCGGUCCACAGAUGGUUCAUGAAGAGAGCAGGUUUAGAGGAAGAAUUGGGCAUCUCACAUGUGAUUUCUUUCACUGCUUCCCAUGAUAACACUGGGGAAUACAUUUGUGAGGCACAGAAUCUAUACGGUGCAAUGAACUCCACAAACUUACAGAUCAAUGUCCUAGGCAUAUCCUUCACUGCUUUUCUCUCAAUUUUGGCAGCUUUAUCACUACUUAUGUUUGCACUUCUUGCAAUGACUAUUGUUAUGAUUUACAGAAGGUGUAAAGAGGCAAUCAUGAGUGAAACGAACCAAGAUCAGAACAUUUAUGCCAACAUGUCUGCAAGUGCAGUGAAAAAUAAGCAGCUCCAGUCAAAGCCAAAUGAUGAGAAAACCUGUACCAUUAACCCUGUAUACGCACUCAAACAUGAUCUCCCCGACGAAACCAUCUACGCAAACUGUUGAAGUGAAAAGUAGUGUGUUUAAAACAUCCAUUCAUUGAUCCAUUCAUUGAUCACCACUGAACAAUUAGUCUCUGGAUGUCAGUAGUGAUCAUUUGAAUCAGUAUUAGCUGCAUAUACAUGUAUAAACUUCUCAAAAGUCAUUUAUAUCUAUUAUGUUCAGAAUCAUAUCCUCGCUAUUAACUUCAAAUAAUGAAAGUUCUCCAGUACCUCAACACCAAAUGUCAGUGAACUACCUGUAUCUUCAUUUUUAAUUUUUAUGUGAUAUAAUUCUCGUUAUGCUUUUACAGAUUUUAGCGGAUGCCGUGGUUUGAAUUUAUUUGAAUUUAUCCGUGUUAAAUAAAAUAAAAAUAAAAAACACAGCUUUUCACUUCAUAAGAUAUUAAAUAAUAGACUAGAGUUAAAUACAGUAUUUAACCAGCUGCUAACAUGCCCCAUGUCCUUGUUGUGUUGUCAGACAGCCAAAUGCAUGGGUUGAGUAUGUUUGGACUUUAAUUUGUGUUUUAUUAAUUGUCUGGAAUGUUUAUAUAUAUAUAUUAUUGAGUUAUUGUGCUGAUAUAUUCUUGUUAUUUCUUUUGUUAUUUUAAAGUAUUUAAACAUCUUGCCAAAGGACUGCAGUUGAGAAUUAGCCAGCUGGCUGACACUGCCAAAUUUUAAUCUUACAGUUUUUUUCAAUCGCUAACAAGCGCUUAACCAUACUUCAGAUACUUUUUCUAAACUCUUAACACAGA